AUGGGGAAGAAAAAUAGGAAUAAAAGGGAAAGCCGACAAUAUUUUAUCCAAGACAACAGUAAAACAGUUGUUAAUAAAAAUUCAAAGGACACUGUUUCAGUCAAGGGUCUUCAUAAUCUAGGCAAUACUUGUUAUUUCAACGCAGGAAUACAGUGUCUUUCGAGGAGUCCAUGGCUUCCGGAAUUGUUGUUUGCGGACGAACCACGCGAGCUCACCUUAACAAAACCUGAUGGGGAUUCUGUGUCAUCAUUAUCCAUUUCCCUGCCACCUAUGAAAUGUACACUUACUGAACAUUUCAAAGAGAUUUCUUCGGUUCUACGGCCUAUUCAGACGCCUAAUUCCAAAACGUGUUCUGCUGCUACAUUGAGUCCAACACUUUUAAGGAGUAUUUUCAUUGAGCGCUGCCCACGUUUCGGGGGAUUCAGGCAGCAUGAUAGUCAUGAAUUUAUUCGUUCUUUACUAGACUGUAUGAAGCAGGAGGAACUUACACGGUGGAAGAAAGGCAUUUUGCUCAAACUCAAUGUCAACCCAAAGGAUAUUCGUGAUGACGAAAGAGAGGCGGUUCGCAGUUGGGGGAAGUCUGCUUCAGUAGCUACAAUUGUGGAUCGUCUUUUUGGGGGUGUUCUUAUAAGCACAUUAGAAUGUUGCUGUUGUGGUACUGUUCGUCCUAGAUUUGAACCGUUUCUCGACCUUUCAUUGUCCAUUCUGGAAACAAACGUUCCAAGGCACAGACAAAACGAAUCUACAGGGAAGCAAUUUUCUAAAGGUAUGACCAGUUCCAAACAACUUCGAAAGAAAGAGCGUAAACGUAAAACUCAGAGACAAAGAAAACGUCAGAACUUUGUCAAUGAUAGAGACACGGACAAUGAAUGUUUGAAUCGGUGCAGUUCUGAAUCGGAGUUUCAUGAAACCAAUGUUGGUCAAAUUGAAAAAGCAAAUGAUCAUCCACGGUGCACAUAUAAUAGCCACAGCAGUAGGCGAAGUAGUAGUAGCAGUAUGUGUGCAGCUGAUGAAAUGAAAAAAGGAAAUUGUAAUACAGACCAGUAUGAUACAGCAGAAGUGAAUACAGAAGAAAUUGAAAAUUCAGUAGAUCUAAAUGACUCAGAUCGUUCAGGUGAGCCAUUGAAUCAAAUUCAGUGUGAUGAAAGUAUCUCUUCAGACGGAAAUUGUGCAGAUAUUGAAGGCAGUGAUCGACACGAUAGUGUUACUUCACUCCAACUUGUUGACAAUGGUUGUGAUGAGAAUUCAAAGCCUACGGAAGCAAAUAACACCAAUACAUUGCUCACUAUUGUUGAUGAUUUAAAAAAACUCCACUUAGAUUCGUCUACACCAUCUCAGUUGUUAUAUGAUCCAGAUGAAGUGGUUCAAGCCAUUCAUUAUUCACGAAUACCACUUGGUAAAAAUCGUUAUUCCAGCAGUGGUGACAAUUCUACUACUUCUAUCUACGAUUGUCUUUCAAAAUACACUGCUGCUGAAGUGUUAACCGGUUGUAAUCGUCUAGUUUGUGAUGUGUGCAGUAAGCGAUCAAUAGAAUCAGAGCACAAGGAGUCAAAUAUGGAAACAGUGAAUGGUGAGAAGAAACCUGAUGCUCCAUCCGUAUUACAAGAUGUUAUCAAGCGUGAUUUAAUAUACAAACCUCCGCCUAUUCUUACAAUUCAUUUGAAAAGAUUUCAACAGCUUGGUGUACACGUACAGAAAUCACAAAAGCGUAUAAACUUUCCUAUUUACUUGGACCUAUCUCCUUUUUGUUCAGUUCUUACUGUGUUUUAUUCUAAUCAGAUACGUUAUCGUCUUUAUGGCGUAAUUGAACAUACAGGACAACUGUCCUCGGGCCACUAUGCUGCUUAUGUAGCUGUCUCCAAAUCAGAUGAAGACAAUAGUAAUAAUAA